AUGGUACACAACUUGAGGGAGUGGUUGUUUGUGUUCUUGGUUCUGAUUCCGUCUCUGUCAUGGUCACAGGGGGGCAAAGAGGUGCCAGGCAGUCCAUUGGGUGGCAUGGAAUUCGCCAACGGAGAUGUCGGGCUCAGUGAGGAUGCUGUUUUGUCAGGGGAUCCUCAGGACAUAAUCUGUCAUCUGCUGCGGAGACGGCUGCUUGAUCUGCGGAGCGCGGAGUGCCAUGAAAUGCAGAUCCGUCCACAUCUGCAGGGAUUGCAGGACAGGCUGCAUCAGCUGGUAAUGGACACCAUUUCCAAGGGCCAGAACGCAUCGGUCCUUCUGCUUGGGGAGAGGGGAGUUGGGAAGUCGCUG